CUCGUGGGCUCAGACAUGGCAGACCACUACUGAUCGUUCUAUCGUUGUGUGAUCUCGUUGAGUAAGCGUUUUCGCUGAACACGACCGUGCAUAUAAGUUCGUAAAAAUGCAGGAUGAGAAACUGUUAGAAGUUUCUCUGGAAGCUGUAUCCAGCAGGGUUCAAGAAUUAAAAGAAGCAAUUCAAGCCUUCCUGAUGAAACUGGAGCACGAACAAAUGAACUGGCCCUCAGUUUUGGAUAACUAUGCUCUCUUAUCAGGUCAAGUAAACACAUUGACUAAACUGCUGAAGAAUGAGAAAACUCCUCUCUUUCGGAACCUGGUGCUUCUACCAGUGUUAGUGCAACAAGAAACAGACCCAGAUAUACAGAAAGCAAGUGAAGGACGUAUACAUGCAUUUGACCAUGAAGUUGUCCCAGACUAUCUACGAACAAAGUAUGCUCCUGAGAUAGAGGAGUCUGAACAGAAGGUUGAAACCAUGGCAACAAACAUCCCACCAGAUGAAGCUCAGAGGCAGAAAGACACUUUGAAUGAACUGGUUGAAAAUCUUCUUACUCUUAUAUCAAGUGCAAGAGAGGACUGGGAAGGAGAGCAAAGUGCAGCAUCAAGAAGCUCAUCUGCUGUUAAUCCUGACCUCAACAAUCUUGUUGUUGCAGUUACAUUUGGAAGAGGGCUAAAACCAGCAAAAGUUACCAAGGGUAGAGGCUCUAAAUCAGAUAAAGCACAAAGUGGCUGGAUGAGUGACAAAUCUACAAACAAGGCUCCAAGCUCUGUGAAAACAGAGACUAAGGCAGCCGCUGGUGUUCACCCAUACUCCAUGCCUAACAGACCAACCAGCAGGACAGGACCAUGAUUUUAGAGAUCAGAUAUUGUUUUGCUUAUAUAAUUUACUGUGUGCCAAUAUUGGACCAUCAUGGCCUCCCAGUGGGAUGCUACCUUUUGUUGCAACAAUAUUGGACUGUCACUGUCCAAUACAACUCCAAUAGACGAUCCAUCAGAAAAAUAUUGUACCAUCAUGGGUUUCAGGAGCUUGAUGCCUUAUGACUUACAAUCUCAGUCAAAAGAACUGGAAAAUGUUGGCAUUCAUAAACCCUGCCCCUCCCUAUGGGUUCAUUUUCACUGCCUCCCCCACCCCCUCCCCCAUGCAUUAAGCUUUUUCCUGCAAAACCUGUUACAGAUACAUGAUCUUUUCAAAAGCAAUAAGACUGGAAUUGUUGAUGAAAUUAUCACCAAUCAUAGUUUCAUGUGUUGUAGAACAAAACUUGUUUAGUUUGAAAGGACUGGGCCAUCUUCCUCAAGGCCCUAGCACUUAUUGUGAAUGCUCUGAUAAGCCAUCCUCUCAUAGAGGUUACACAACAGUCCAACAAUAGGGCCCUCAAGUCAACCCUCUUCCCAUUGGAUUUAUUUUUAGAGCAGCUCUUUACCACAGAAAAUAUCAUGGUACCUUUGAGUCAGCUAUAAAUAGCAGAAAGUGAGUUUGUUGCCCAAGGUGGUCAUGUGAGCAGACGUUUCAUUUGAAACAAUAGGAUUUUCAUACCUUUGUUUUGAUUGGAUCUUAGAAUUCAAAACUUCCCCAAGGAGCCUUUCUAGUGUUAGAUCUACUUGUGAAAGGGUUGACUCCAAGGCUUAGUAUGGGAGAUCAGUAGAGGCUCCUAUGGAUGGGCUCUUGGAAAGACCCUCAUCUGAAGCCCUAACUAUUUAAAAUGGAAUACAGUUCAGAGGAAAGAAGAAAAAGUAGUCACACAGUUGUCAUUUGUGGUUGCCAUGGAGCGCCCAUGUGCAAACCCCUGUGGAACCUUGGGUUUAUCAAUGUUUAUACUGUUGUUAAGUCUUACACUCUGUAAAUGAACCAACCAUCAUUUUUAUUAUCAUAAUUGUUACUUGUAUUAUUAUCAUUAUCACCAUAAAUGUUAUUAUUAUCAUUAUUGUUCUAAAUAUUAUUACAUCAUCACAUUAUUGUUAUUAUUAUAAUUGUGUUUGGAUCAACAAGUUAAUAAGAACGACUGAUAUAAUUUAUCGUUAGCUGAAAUAAAGUAACACAUGAAAAUAAAAAAGAAUUGCAUGUUAUGAUGCGUAUUUUGA